GUACAUUCCUUUCGAAACAUGGGAAAGUGAAGCAACAUGUGUUAGAAUCAGGAACCACGAAAUUUCAUUUUCUCUUUUACAACAUGUCUGCCCCUCUAGUCUCAGCUGGAAUUAUUUUAUCUGCCGAAAUGGACUUGCAGUUUUCCCCAUACCACUUUCACAGCUUUUCGGAUCAUAAUGCUGGCGGACAUUAUCAUGAUGAUGUUACUCCUGAUGAAAUCGAAUAUUUAGGCUAUUUUACUCCAGCAAAAGUGGUCUCGAAAGUGAAGUGUCAAAAUUCAGAUUCCUCGUUAGGUUCUAGGCGUCCGGAAGGCCCGGAUGUUCAUGUAUAA